AUGAAAGUUGCAAGAGCCACAAGGGAUCAAGACCCAAAUAUUAUUCUCAGGGCUAUGGAUGUUUUGGAGCUUUUGUCAAGAAGUGUUCCGGCAGAAUGGGAGCAAUUUCUUGCACGGAGGAAGCUUCUGGCUGACUAUGUCCUAAAGGUACUGUUUGAACUGACAGAUUGUGGAGUUUUUCUUAAGGGAAACACCAUUGCUGUGAUUGGUGGUUCACUCCAAGGAAUAAAUAUAGUAAGGAGGAUUGUGGAAGACUGCAUUGCUCAUGAUGUGCCUCCUCUACCCCGGGCGCGAUUGAUGAAAAAGAAGAACGAGUGA